AUGGUCGACUGGGAGUCACCAGAAGAACUCACUAGAGACUCCGCGGUCUUCGUGAACCUCAUGCAUGUCCUCCUAGGUCUGUAUAUAUGGGAAGUCUUCACAUCCCUCGACUUCGACUGGCAAUUUCUUACCGGGAAGCGGCGCUUCCGAUGGCCUAUGAUCUUCUACUUCCUAAAUCGCUACGUGCUUCUCGCCGCCCUAUCCGGGAUUGUCGCCUCCCUCGACACGCAUACUCGCAUCAACUGCCGCUCCGUCUUCAUCUUCAAUCAGCUCGCAGGGAACGCAGCGAUGGGGCUAGCAAGCAUCAACCUCUCGCUGAGAACCAUGGCCGUCUGGUCGCAGAACAAAUGGGUCGUCAGCGGGCUCAUCCUUCUCAUGUUCGGACACUGGUCCCUCAUCCUCCAAGGCGGCCUGCUCCAAGUGCAGUGGCUCGAGGGGAGCGGGUGCGCAAUCACGGAUCCAAAUACGAAGAUUUUGGCGGCGACGUUCAUGUACACCAUGGUCUUCGACCUUAUCGUCCUCUCGCUCAAUCUGUGGAAGGUGCUGCGGAAUAAGACGCAGCUGGCGAGGAUGCUGCUGGGGGACGGCCUCAUCUACUUCAUCGUCGCCUUCGUCGCCAACCUCAUCGCCACGGUAUUCAUGCUCGUCCACCUCAACCAGAUCAUGGCGAUCAUAUUCAACGUGCCCGCGGUCGUGGCGUCAACGAUCGUCGCCGGACGCAUCACCCGACGGCUAAGCAAGUUCGAGCGUACCGGGGCGGAGAUGUUGUGA